AUGUCCACCGCCGUCCAACUGGAGCCCGUUCUGGAGACGGUGUAUGACGGAGUGGGACGCUGCAAAUGCUCCUUCUGGUUCGCAGUGGCUCACGACGUUCUGGGAAUCUUCAUCAUCAUGAUCGGAGUGUUCGGAGGCCUGGCCGCGCACGACUUGUUUGUCUACGCCGGGGCCAUCAUCAUCUUCCUGAGCCUCAUCUGGUGGAUCUUCUGGUACUCCGGGAACAUCGACGUGCCUCCCGAAGAGCUGGAGGACGACGUGGGACAGCAGAAGCUCAAAACCCGGGGACUGAGCCGUGUGGCGAGGAGGGUGUCCGACCGGCUUUCCACCGGAGUCAGGAAUUCUUUCAGGAAAACUGGGAAAGUCAACACUAGCACAGCAGCUGCACGGAGUCAAGAAGAGACGCUUGCGAGGGUUUUUGACGCCAAUAUGAGCGUAUCGCCUCCAGCCCAAGUCACGAGAGACUCACUGACGAUAUAA